AUGUCAACAAAAGACCAGUCUUUCUGCCUUAAAACUCACCAGUACAAUGCCUUUGCUCUGAGAAUCCGAUGCAAGAAGGCCGUCAUCAUCGGCGUGAAGAAGGGCGGCACGCGGGCGCUGCUGGAGUUCCUGCGCGUGCACCCGGACGUCAGGGCCGUGGGCGCCGAGCCCCACUUCUUCGACCGCCACUACGAGCGGGGCCUCGCCUGGUACAGAGAAUUAAUGCCCAGGACCCUGGACGGGCAGAUCACCAUGGAGAAAACCCCCAGCUACUUCGUCACCAAGGAGGCACCCGCUCGUAUCUCCGCCAUGUCAAAGGGCACCAAGCUCAUCGUAGUCGUAAGGGACCCUGUAACCAGAGCCAUAUCUGAUUACACACAGACUCUCUCCAAGAAACCUGACAUCCCCACCUUCGAGAGCCUGACCUUCAAAAACAGGACUACGGGCCUGAUCGACACCUCGUGGAGCGCCAUCCAGAUUGGCAUCUAUGCCAAGCACCUGGAGAACUGGCUCCUGUACUUCCCCAUCGGGCAGAUCCUCUUUGUCAGCGGGGAGCGGCUGGUCAGCCGCCCCGCUGGGGGGCUGGGCAGGGUCCAGGACUUCCUGGGCCUCAAGAGGAUCAUCACAGACAAACACUUCUACUUCAACAAAACCAAGGGUUUUCCGUGCCUGAAAAAGGCUGAAGGCAGCAGCAAACCCCACUGCCUGGGGAAGACGAAAGGCAGGCCCCACCCCGAGAUAGACCAGGAGGUGGUGCAGAGACUGCGGGACUUCUACCGGCCUUUCAACAUGAAGUUCUACCAGAUGACUGGGCACGACUUCGGCUGGGACUGA